GGACGUGGAAGGUCACCACCGGAAGAAGGUCACUGGCACGAUUUCAAGAUGGCGGCCCCCAUAUGUCAGUGUUAUCAGAUAUGUGUAAGAAGAGGCUUGGCAUUCCCUUCCUCUUACCUGCUGCUUCCAAACAGACCCGAUGUUUACAGGAUACGUGGGUUCAUCGCCAGCUAUCCACAGGUGCCUUGGUCUCCCCUUCUGCAGGUAAGGUAUUUGUCCGGGGAGAAGGGCAGUGGUAGAAAAGGUUUCCUGGGGGAGUUUCUGGAUAACAUUAGACAAGAGCUGAACAAAAACAAAGAAAUGAAAGAAAACAUCAAGAAGUUCAGAGAAGAGGCCAAAAAACUGGAAGAGUCAGAUGCACUGAAACAAGCUCGAAGGAAAUAUAAAACUAUAGAGUCGGAAACUGUUAAAACCUCAGAGGUUCUAAAGAAGAAAUUGGGAACUAUUUCUGAGACUGUUAAAGAGGGGCUGGAAGAAGUCAGUCGUACAGACAUUGGAAAGAAAAUCAAAGAGGGAAUGGAAGAAGCAGCCAAAACAGCAAAGACUUCUGCAGAAUCUGUCUCUAAGAGUGGAGAGAUUUUGGGGAAGACUGGUGCCUUCAAGGCAAUAUCUCAGGGCAUGGAGAGUGUAAAGAAAGAGAUCGGCGACCUUGGCCACACUGGCCCUUAUCGGCCUCCAACCAGACUCCGAAAGAGGAGUGAGUUUUCCUUUAAGGGGGCAGGGGAUGACAGCAAGGUCUUCGAGGCCAACGAGGAAGCUAUGGGUGUGGUGCUCCACAAAGACUCAAAAUGGUACCAGCAGUGGAAAGAUUUCAAAGACAACAAUGUCGUAUUUAACAGGUUCUUUGAGAUGAAGAUGAAGUAUGAUGAGAGUGACAACGCCUUCAUCCGAGCGUCACGCGCCGUCACUGACAAGAUGUCUGACCUCAUAGGUGGGCUGUUUUCAAAGACAGAAAUGUCUGAGGUAUUAACAGAGAUUUUAAAGGUGGACCCUUCUUUUGACAAGGAUUCCUUUCUGAAACAGUGCGAACGAGACAUCAUCCCAAAUAUACUGGAGGCGAUGAUCAGAGGAGAGCUGGAGGUAUUGAAGGACUGGUGUUAUGAAGCGACAUACAGCCAACUUGCACAUCCCAUUCAGCAAGCUAAGGCCAUGGGACUGCAGUUCCACUCUAAGAUUCUGGACAUAGACAAUAUUGAUCUGGCCAUGGGUAAGAUGAUGGAGCAGGGUCCAGUUUUAAUUAUAACUUUCCAGGCACAGCUGGUCAUGGUGAUCCGAAAUGCCAAGGGAGAGGUGGUGGAAGGCGACCCUGAAAAAGUGCUCAGGAUGAUGUACGUGUGGGCUUUGUGUCGAGACCAGGAGGAGCUCAACCCAUAUGCAGCCUGGAGACUACUUGACAUUUCUGCCUCAAGCACUGAACAGAUCCUCUAAGACUCUAUGACACACACAAAACACGUUCACCCAGGGAGAGAACACGCCGUACACGCUGAGAACACGCAGCUGGCAAGGAAGAUUAGAGGGAGGAGAAGGAAGACGUGUAGGGAUCAGAAAGAGGGGCAUGGGCUCAGACCACUCCACAAAUACUGUGGAAUAGAGUUGACAACACUAUAGGUGCCUCACAUUGGAUUUUUUAAAAAUAUUUUUUACUGCAUUAACUUUUGGUUCAGUCUCCUUUUCUUUGGAUACUUAAUUUAUUUGUGAGCAUUCCUCUGGCUAACACUAGAGGGCAGCAGACCACCAACAACAUUCAUCCAAAGUACUUUCUGCAGCUUCUGCGUGGCUGCCCUUCUCUCAUUUAGAGGUUAUAUAAAAUAGUUUAACUUGAAUCUAGUUAUUGUAUUAGAACUGUGAGACAACACUAUGUGUUAAGCCAUGGAGUGAUUUUUUUUUUCUGUAGCAAUACACUUUAUUUUAGGUUGAUGUCUCUUCAGACCCAUCACAAUCUGCAGUCAAUCCAUCACAGUCUUUCUCUUCCUCCCUUUUAAGGCUAGUGGUGUCGGUGCCAAUCAGUGCUCUCCCAUCUUUAUUACCAAGGAUUAAUAUCCUUGUAUGUAUGAUAAUCAGUCAAUGUAAUUGUUCAAUUGUGAGAAAAUCUAUAUUUAUUAUGAAAAAAAUAAAGAUGAACCCUUUUCACAUGAACAGACACUUUUGAAACCGAGUUUGUUUAGAUUUUUUUGGGUGAAGCUUCCCCUCCAUUUCACAGGAUGGCACGUGACUCCUUCUAGGCCAGUUGCUAAUUAUUUUUUUAAAUUAAAUCCUCUGGUGGGAUUUCAGUGUUGGCUGUGAUAUUUCCUUUGGGAAAAAUUGUCUCCUCUAAAUGAUUUUACACUUACAUUUCCAGAACAGAGCUGGAGCACUCAUUUGCUUUGAGUGAAAUUUAGCUGCCUAUGUGCUGUGAGGUACACAAAAUCAGCCCAGCCUGAGCAAGACCACUUUGAUGGGGAUUAGAUUGCUGAUAAGCUGAUGUCAUAAUUGACUCAUGUUAGAUUUAAUGUUUCCUCAGCAUACUGUCAGCUUUAGGUCUCAUCACCAUCAACUAUUUGUUCUGUCAUGCAGCUCCCUUCAGCAUUUUCUUACAGCAUAUUGUUUAACCUUCAAUACAGCUAAAGGUUACAAGUCACAGCUACAUGUGUUCAGUGUGGCCACUGUAUCACCAGAGCAUAUGGCUCUAUGAAUAAUCAGGAAUCCAAAACUCCUUCAUGACAUGUCAAACCGUGGAGGUUGGGAUGAAUAAAGGAUUUGUCUUCAGUCCCUGUAUGUCUUCGCAAAACAUUGGUGGCUGUGCAGGAAACUAAAUUUAACAUUUAAUGUGAAUGCCUUUAUUUUGAAGCAACAGAAAGACCUCAACACAAAUGUCAUAUAUGCUUAUUUUGGCUCAUCUGCCUGUGCUCUUCCAUCUUGCUGCAGUUGACAGUUAACAUAUAGUUUACAAAAGGUCAGAGUUUGCAGAUAAUACAGAAAACUGUGUCACAUUUAUUCUUUCUUUCCUGUCAGUCAUAAAGCCAUUUUUCCUUUUCUGUAUGUGGCUUAUUUCUGUUGUACAAGAUCAGCUUGAUUAAAGUGUCCGAAUGGCAAACAGCAUAAUAA